AUGAAACUCAUUCAUACUCAGUCCUACCAGUUGUCUGAGGUCGCGGACUUCAACAUACCUCCAUUUGCAGUGCUGUCUUACGCACCGGCGGCUUUGUUUCCUUGCGACAGCCAGCAAGUUCUCUCGCAGCGAACGGCUACUCAUUUUAACAACACCGUCUUACAGGCUUGUCAGAAAGCAGACGCCCGGGGACUGCAAUUUCUCUGGUUCGGAUCUGUAUGCGUUGACAAGACCUCGUCUUUGGGCCUGCAACACGCUGUAAGCUAUUCCUUUCGCCUCCUGCAAGCAGCAACAGUGUGUUUUGUCUAUCUCCAAGACCUCUUGCCGUCUUCUGCCUCACUAGAAGAAAGCUGGGGCGGCUGCAGAUACUGGAAGCGAAGUUGGACACUCCAGGAGCUGAUUGCACCUCCAAACGUUGAAUUCUUCGACGCCAACUGGAACUUCCUCGGCGCUAAGUCUUCUCCGGGCCUUCUCGAUCUUCUUCAGACUGUCACCCGGAUUGACAAGGGCACUUUGACAGACAACAACGCCUUCUCAAGGGUCGCGAUCGGAGUUAGACUGUCGUGGGCGGCCGGAAGAGAAGCCACUCGCGCCGAGGACGCUGCGUAUUCUUUGGCAGGCAUUACUGGAGUUAACAUGUCCGUUAGAUACGGCGAAGGCUUAGACCAGGCAUUUGCUCGUCUUGUGAAGAAGAUCAUCAGUGUCAACAUGGAUGGCUCGAUCUUUGCCUGGACCAGCAACGACGACCAAUUUGCUCGGGGACUUCUCCCACGAUCCACGUCUGAAUUCUGCCAUCUCUUGGAAACGUCCGACUUUCCAUUGUCACAGCAGUCUUGGGCUUUCGAGGGCAAUGUUGUGUUCAACAGCAACGGUCUACUGCUUGAAUCCCAUGCAGUUUCGGAAGACCUCUCUCUCAUCUUGGAGAUCGGCCGGACUCGCAAAAACCGAUUCGGCGUGCGUCUUCAGGCAUGGGGAAACAAUUUCGUUCGAGUCAGCUCGCAAACUCUUGUGCUGGGGUUCAGGAAGCCAAGACCUUGCCAGAUUCUCGCAGCCCGCGAUAUCGACACAAUCAUGUCUCAAACAAUUAGCGACUCGUCCAAGAAAAGAAAGAGAUCGGGUCAACUCAACACCCGUCCUGCCGAAUACUCGGCCAUCUUAAUUGGACCCCCUCACACUUCUUCCGCUUCAUCUUGUGUGUUACAUGACGACGCUUGCAGCUCAUGUAGCUACCCGGAGGAUACCCUAGACUUAGGGGUUAUCAGUGUCGACGAAGAGGGAGAAGAAGAAGAAGAGGGGGAGGAGGGAGAAGAAGCAGACAUUGACGACGAGGAUGGCGAAAGCGAGGAGGCAAUACACGACCAAAUUGACACACACGAAAGACUUUCAGUGCACCCAAAUCACCCUUACCAAUCUGAGCGCAGUGGCCUACUGCAUCACUUCAGUCCACGGGUACGAAAUUGGGCCCAUUCAGCGACAUAUAUCGCACCACCUAGAGGUCGGUCAUUUCGGAAACGAGUCAAAAUCGCACACUCAGAGUCGUCCCACUUGGGCGAGGAUUCGGAUUUUGAGGACGCUGAUGAUCAUUCAAUUGACGGUCACUAUCAUUUCGCUUGUCCUUUCUACGCGAUGAAUCCUACAGAACAUCAGCAUUGCUUGUUAGAGGACGAUCUGCGAUCGAUGGAAGAUGUUGUUGAGCACAUCCGAAAACGACACUCAAAGCCGCCUUACUGUCCCAAGUGCCGAGUCAUUUUCAAGACAUCGAUGGCUAGAGAUGAACAUAUUCGCCGAAAGAUUUGCAGACUUCGACCUUCUACUAGAAUCGAAGGCGUUGAUGGGAACCAAUUGGAUAAGAUCAAGAGAGUGAUGAUGUCAAGGUCCAGUAGGUCAAGUGAGGCAGAGAUAUGGGUGCGCAUUGGCGCAGUAGCUUGUCCUGGUACCUUUUUCCACAUCUCUCCUUACCUCCAGGAUGGCCUUGGUCUCGAGGUGUCGAAAGUUAGGGAUUACUGGAAUGCGAAGGGCAGAGUCUACACCGAGGAGUACAUGUCUGCAAAAGGAAUCAUGCUCACAGAAGAUGAGGAUAAUGUUGGAGUGUUGGAAGCCUUUCAUUCUCUGACUAUGGCUGAUUUGGUGCAGGAGGCGGUCACUCUCGGUGUACAUUAG